CCUUAAUGCUUCGAGCUUAGCUCAGGUUAGCUCGCCUCGCGGUCGCAGCGGCAGUUGGUAGGAGGAGGCAAGCAGAGGCAGCGUCGCAGCUACCCGCGCCUCGAUCCCACGAAUCCUACGGGGGAAGAAAAUCAUCUUCGUUACUGGAAAAAGGAAAUCUGUUUCUCCUCCGCUGUUGAUUGCUUCUGUUAGAGCUGGAGGGGGAGGGAGAGGUCGAGGAGAACGAAUCGGGAAGGUGUUCACAGGACAGUGGGUACAGCAGUAGUUAUUGUUUCCUGUUAUCUGCUGCAGCAAGAGGAUACAAACUACAAAGGGUUUAUAAAGAGCUGAAAGAGUAUGGACAAAAGCAGCUCAGUCUGAAGCUACGUUAACACAUCAGUAUUGGAGGCAUGUAUAAGAAUCAGCUCCAAGAGCUUGCUCAGAGGAGCUGCUUCAAUUUACCAUCCUAUGCGUGCAUCCGCGAGGGGCCAGAUCAUGCGCCCCGGUUCAAGGCCACAGUUAAUUUCAAUGGAGAAACGUUUGAGAGCACGGCAUUUUGUUCUACUUUGCGGCAGGCAGAGCAUGCGGCAGCUGAGGUAGCACUCAACGAGUUAUCUAAGAGGGGGCCUUCAUCGACGCUGGCUGCAAAAGUUCUGGAUGAAACUGGGAUCUACAAGAAUCUACUUCAAGAAACUGCUCAUCGAGCUGGUUUAAAACUUCCCGUGUACACUACUAUUCGAUCUGGGCCAGGUCAUACGCCUGUGUUUACAUGCACGGUAGAGUUGGCUGGAAUGACAUUUACUGGCAAUCCUUGCAAGACCAAGAAGCAAGCUCAAAAAAAUGCUGCAAUGGCUGCCUGGUCCGAAUUGAAGCAAUUGCCCCGAGUAGGUGAGCCGUCAUCCUCAUCUUGUCCACCCGAUCAGGAUGAUGAGGAGCAGGAACAGGUCUUAGUUACUCGUGCUCUUGCAAGCUUGAACCAGGCAAAUGAUGGCAAGAUGCUACAUCAGAAGGAAAAACAGCAAAGCAAUAACCGUCCGUCAUCACGGAGAUCUUAUCCUAAGCCAAAUAUGUCAUCCUACCGAUCGCAUUUACAUAAUCAGCCUUAUCCUAGCAUUCCACCGGAGCAAGCAAUGUACCAUAUGUGGCAUCGUGUGCAAGCAACACAGCCGACACCUCACUUUUCAGUGGUACCAACUAUGGGCAGUACAAGAUUUCCACCGACAGCAGCUAUGCUCUCCAUGUACCCUCCACCUCGAGGGCAAUUUGCCUCUCUGGCUAACCAGGAUUCUUUAGGUCUUCUUCCAUGUUUUCCUGAAGCUGCUCCUGCCCUCCCGCGGUACUUCCCACCUUACCCUGUCUCGUAUAUGCCAAGAAGUCCUUUGCUUGCUACUGUGAACAGAAAUAAUGGGAAAAGGCAAGAGUGUACUGAAACAGUUAAGCUUCUUGAUGCUGCCGUCUUCUCUCAAUACACUUCUUCAGAUUCUUCUAGCACAACAGAAUAUGGUCGUACACGCAAGGUUCAAGAACCACCAAAAAAUAGGGAAGAAGACUGUACUAUGAGUAGUGCUUCCCCUGAGGAAGAAAAUAAAUCUCCUCUCACCGUCUCAAGCUCUACCACACAUGCAUCAUCACAAAAAUUGGAGCCAAACGAAGAUAAAGAAACCUUGGGCAGUAAUCAGGCAGAGGCAAAGAAGCCCCAAGAACAACAGCCAAAGUCAUCACAGUCUUGGGUUAGUCCUUCAGUUCCGCCAUGCGGUCCAAUCCAGCGAAAGCAUUAUACUAGCUCCGUUCAGCAUGGUGAGCUUAUCCACAGAAAUAAUCCUCCUCAGACUGGUCUGCCUGCAUUGCCAGAGUUGUGGUCUUCCGGCUUACAAGCUCCAUCCAGAUUUGGAACUGCAGUUCCUGUAAACUCACCAGGUUCAGUAUAUCAGCAGCAGCCUCCUUGGUUGGCCGCCCCUGUUACAGUCAGAACUGCUGUUCCUGUUUGCUCGGCGAGGCCAAAUGUGGUGAAUACUACUGCUAGUGCAGCUCAAAUAAGACCCGUUGUCCAGAGCCGCUCGACUCCAGCUAGAGAGGUGAGCCAGAACCUGACAGGAAUAACGGGCACAGAGACCCGAACAGCGCUGCAACAGUGAGUUCUGAACUCAAUAAGUUCCAUAUCUGAGCCACAGUUUUGCUUCUGCUGAGCUUUAGUUAGGGCUGAAACUUGGCAAUAUCUCAGUUUUGUUUCUUUUUUAUUUUUAUCUUUCUCCCCUUAUGUUUUUAGUUAGAUAGGCUGAACUCUUGAAAGAGUUGUGUGAGAGAAGCCGUGCUCGCGGUUUCCGUGCAUUUAUAUUUUACACACACCACUUCCUUAUCAAGAUUAACGAAUGAGAAUUAUAAUAUAGAGAAUGCAAAUUUCCUCA